UCGAGCGCAUCGGAAGUGUUGGCGCUCGUGGACUUCGCGGUGCUUCCUUUGCCGGUGAAUGUGUUGCUUGUUAUAUUUUAAUGUAGUGCUUGUUCUACGUGUGAAGCUUCGGCCUUUGAAGACUGCGCUGUCUGUCACCAAUGCGCUACGUCGGAAUUACUGUACCCGGUUUCUUCAUUCGUUGCUCGGUUCGAUUUCAGCGGCCCUCAACAGGCAUACGACCCUUCUGGGAGUGAGUUGGACAACGUGUGCGGUUUAAACCGUUCAUUUCGCCUCGAUGUGACCCGCGGAAACAACUUGCUGCCCUCGCGAUUAAUGCACCUUCUCCAAUGACGCCUCUCGAAACAUCGACACCACUCAGAAAACGAAGAAACAACUCGCACAUGCUGGCUGUGGCCGUCCUGUGGUGCGCACUGCCGCUCUUGCAGCCGUCGCAGUGCUCCACGCACCAGCAGCCAUGCGCCUUCAAUCGCCUCUGCCUGUGCAGCCACGAGGUGGUGCGCGACGUGGUGUGCGUCGGGGUGCCGUUCUCCACCUUUCCCACCACCAUCGGCGAUUGUGAGAACGGGCAGGUGACGCUGGUCCGCUCGGGCCUCGAGGUGUUGCAGAAUGACUCGCUGGCCGGCACGCGGUUGUCCACGCUGCGGCUGAUGCACAACUCGCUGAGCCGCAUCCUGCCGUGUGCCUUCUGCGGCGCCGAGGACAACCUCGUCUCUCUGGACCUGAGCCACAACGCACUCGCGCAGGCGCCGCUGCACGCCCUGAGCCACCUGCGCCAUCUGCAGUGGCUCAACCUGCAGUCCAACCGCAUCGACGACUUGCGCCGCGCGGACUGGGACGAGCUGUCGCGCACCGUCCGCCUCAGGAGCUUGUUCCUCGGGGGAAACAGUAUCAAGGUCGUCCGUGACGGCCUGUUCUCCAACAUGAGCGAGCUGGCGACGCUUGAGCUGGACCGCAAUCUGCUGUCUGAAGUCGUGGGCUCUCCAUUUCCGGAGUCUCUCACGCGCCUCAGCCUGGCGCACAACCUGCUCGAGCAUCUGCCGCGGCACGCGCUGCGCAAGCUGUGCUCUCUAGCGGCGCUUUUCGUCGGAGGAAACCUGCUGAAGACCUUGCCGGCCACGUGGUUCUUACCCACGCGCCAUCUGGAUCAGUUGGACCUCAGCCGAAACCUCAUGGAUCGCCUACCCGAGAAACUGUUCAAUGGUUCGGUGUACCUGCGCGACCUGCACAUGGAGUUCAACUUCAUCACCGAGCUUCCAGUGGGCCUGUUCCGCAGCGUCUCCGUGGAGCGACUCUCGCUGGCCAACAACAGGAUGGCUGGCAUCGCAGAACACGUCUUUGGUGGGCUCGAGUCUGUCCUCGUCGUGCUAGAUUUGAGCUUCAACCUGUUCCGCCGCUUUCCGGACGCAGUCCGAGCACUCAUGUCGCUUUCGGUGCUCUACCUGCGCGGCAAUUCGCUCACUUCGCUCGAACCGGCCGACGUGCAGAGCUUCAGAGCCACGCUCGAAGUCCUAGACCUUUCUGGAAAUCGGUUCGACCGCGUCCCGUCCAGUGCCUUACGAACAACCGAGCGCUUGAGCCGUCUAAGUCUGCAGGACAAUCGCAUACAGACGAUCCGUGGCGAAGACUUCGAGUCGUGGGCACGAAACCUGACAACACUCAGCCUGGCCAAUAACGGAAUCCGCACCCUUUCCAAGGACACGUUUGUCCACUUGCCGCGGCUCAGAGAGCUCAAGCUGUCCUUCAAUGGCAUCCACUUCGUAGACCACCACGUGUUCCUGCCGCUAAGGCCCACGCUCGAAGUCCUGGAGCUCAGCUCCGCGCUGGGGCAGCGCUUCCUACCGCUGGAGCUCAUUCGCCACAUGAAGCGCGUCCAGUGGCUCCAGCUGGACCACAACCAGAUGCUUAACCUCACAGACUCGUACCUGCAGGGCUUGCCGUCGCUGGUACACUUCGACCUGGAAGGCAACAGGAUUGGCUACAUUACUCCCGGCUUCUUCAAAGAGCCCAUUCACCAGAGGCUCAACAGGGUAGUGCUCGCUCACAACGCCCUCACUUCGGUGGACACCGGCACGUUUAAGAACUUGUCCAGGCUGGCAAACGUCGUGCUUCUGGGAAACAAAAUACGCGUCUUGAGGCGCGGCGCCUUUAAAGACCUCCCAAGGCUUCACAAUGUCGUUCUAUCCAGAAACAGGAUCGACACCAUAGAGGCGGGUGCGUUCAACAAUGUCUCCAAACUCUCGAGCCUUCUGCUACAGCACAAUAAUCUGACGUCGUUCAGCCUGGAUUGCCUCUACGGAUCCAGAAGCGGCGCUCUCUUAUUGAACCUCUCUCAAAACUCCCUAGUUUCACUUGACGCUAAAUCAGAUGUCGAAGAUUCGCCGUCCAAUGAGACACGGGACUAUGGCGUGCACACUUUAGAUGUGAGCCACAAUCAGCUGACCAACAUUGACGACGUUUUCCUGACCAGCGUGGGCUCUUCCUUGCUCAAUUUGCAUGUGUCUAACAACAAGAUUCCAGGACUGAAUGGUCUCUUCGGGACACUCGGCGUUCUCCAGACCUUCCAUGCAGAUCAUAAUGCUAUUUCCAACGUAAGCUUCGGCGCUUUCCAAGAGUCACCGAAUCUGCAGGUGAUCGUCUUGAGCGACAACAGGAUUGAAUCCAUCAACGAAUUCGCAUUUGGGAACCUGACGAGGCUGCGUGUCGUCGACCUCAGUCGCAACCGGAUCUCCUCCAUCCCAGAGGAUGCCUUCGAGAAUACGGCUCUAGAGCGGCUCAACCUCUCCUUCAACAACCUCAGGCAUUGCAGCUCAUUCGCAGCCAUCAAAGGCACGCUUCGUGUCCUUGACCUGUCUAGCAAUCGCAUCUCCAGCAUCGGCGCCGAUCAUUUCGAUGGUUUCCGAAGCAUCUUGGCACUGAACCUUUCUCGGAACCAGUUAACCGUCAUCGACGAAGACUCCUUCAGCGGCCUGGGCCAAUUGAUGCACCUGGACCUGGCCCACAACCCACUGUUCACUGUGAACAGAGCAUGUCUCCAACCGCUAAAGACUCUGGACACCCUCAAGUUGAGGAACUGCAGCCUGGCCAGACUUCCGCCAUUCCACUUGAAAAGGUUGUUGACGCUGGAUGUGGCGGAGAACUUCCUGUUCAACCUGUCUUCCGACGCAUUCCGGCACCUGAGAAGCCUCCGAGAGCUGGAUGUGUCCCGCAAUCUCCUCGAGUCGAUGCCCCGCCACCUGUGGCAGUUUCUGCCCCUGCUGCGCUCGCUGGAUUUGUCGGGUAACCCAAUCUCCUCGUUGGCGACCGACAGCUUCGCAGGCGCCCAUGGCCUCCAGUCUCUGGACAUCAGGCGUCUCCAGCUCAAGUUCUUAGACCCCAGAUCGCUACACGGUCUCAGGUUCCUGAAGAGUCUUCGCACGACCAGCUACGGGUCGGUGCGCUCGUUCCGGCUCCAGGAGCUGGUGUCACAGCUGCACUCGCUGCGUCGAGUGCUGGUCGAAGUGGAGGAACCGGUGCUCUCGCACCAGCUCCAGUGGGCAUUCGGCGCCAAGCUCAGCGAACUCACAGUGACGGGGCGUCAGCUACGCGUGGUCUUUCCCGAUGCUCUGCUCGGCUUACAUGGCAGCCACGAGCUGGUGCUGAGGCUGACUGGCACUAGCAUCCGGCGCCUUCCCCCUGGCCUACUUCGCUACCUGGCCGACGUGCGCUACCUGACGCUCGACCUCCGCGGCAACUUGCUCUCGUCCAUCGGACCCGAGGUCCUGAGACCGCCGGGUGGCGAAGACCUGGGCUACUGGAGAGGCACGCAGCACUUGGCCGGUGGCAUCCGGCUGGAGGACAACCCGUGGGUGUGCGACUGUCAGCUCCUGUGGCUGAGCCGCUGGCUGCGCCGCUGGUUGCGGGAGACGCUCCGUGUCCAGAUGCUCCACUUCGACGCCGCCAUCUACGUGCACAACCUGGCCCGGCAGAGCGAGUGCACUUACCCGGGGGGACAGGUGCGCAAGCCGCUCAUCGACCUCCAGGAGGAUGACUUCCAGUGCACGUCGUUCGCCGGCCACGUCAUCGCGCCGAACCUCAUUUGGACAGCGAUGCUCGUCACGAUGGCGCUCAAGGGCAUUUCGUGACGCAUUGGCUCCAAGAGCGACGUGCGCGGACACUUGAAUUCAUAACCCUCGAGUGUACUCAGUCCAGAGGGGAGGAAUUUAGUGGAAAAUCUGUUGCAUUUUGUUGAUUGACUGGACGAAUGUGCUCACUGAACGGCGUGGCUUCUGGGCUUGUUUAAUUCAAGUCGAAAUGAUCGUUUGGUUUCGACGUGCGUUUUUGCGCGAGCAAGUUUGUGCCUGUGGUGGUGAGCGUAGUAAAAGAAGAGACGCGCUUUCUUUGUGGCAGCCAGUAGCGUGAGGAGAAUGGUUUUGCGAAAAGUAGAAACACAAGUGGAAACACCAGCUCAUGACAAUCGUUGCCAAAUACAGAGGCCUCCAGACACGGUGGUGUGCAUCAGCCCGUGAUCGGCGGCCAGCGCUUCCAAGAGGACGUUUGUGGAAUGCCUUGAGUGACAUUUGCUCGUAUUGCGGCCUGUGUUUGUGAGGACACUUUGCUGGCGCGAAUACUGAAUGCCAGAACUAACACAGGAUGAGUACAAGGACCGCUCAUCUGAGCUACUAUCGAAUUUAGCUCCAUCCGUUAGCAUUAAGAGGAAGCUUACCCUCGUCAGUUCCUAUCCGAAUAUAUGAGAACAGAGGAAUCGAUUUGCUCAACAUCCACUGAUCUUGAAUACGUUACACGUUACUUGAUAUUUUGAGAAGAAAGAUAAGAUGCUACUUAUCAGAUUAUGGUAUAUAUUAGGACGCAGAGCAAAUUUAAGUGAGACCAGGACAGAAAAGAGCUCCACACACAACCAAAUUUAUUUGUUUUAUUUAUUUAUUUAUAGAUACUGCGAUCUGAAACCAGAUCAUAGCAGGGUGGGUAUACAUAGAAAUAUGCAAGCAUGUAAACACAUACAAAAUUAAUCAAAUAUGCAGGCAUUUUUCAAACACUGGUGAAUAAUACAUAAAAAACAUACAAGCGAAUAUACAAGCAAAUAACUCACAUAAAUUCAUAACAUUUGCAAGCAUUCUUCAAACAUUGAUAAGGAAUUCUGCGUAACAAUCUGAGAAUUAGGAUUAUUCCAGUCUGUUAUUGUCCUAGGAAAAAAAAGAAUAUUUGAAAACGUUAUUCCGUGCGUUCAAGGGGGUUAUUGAUAAAGCGUGUCUUCGUCUUGUGUUAUAGCCUGAUGAGUAAGUAAAGAACUUCGAAGUGUUAACGUUAUAAUGGCCGUUUACAAGUUGAAAGAGGAACUUUAAUCGGCAGAUACGGUUGCGCACAGUCACCGG